UGUGUCAAAACAAAACUAUCAAAUAAAUUGAAACAGAGGGACGCCCUAUUAUAUAUACAUGAGCACACACGCUAAGGUACGUAGAGAAGGAGAAGACAGCCAAAAAAAACAAAACAUGAACAAAAACUUGGAAGCUGAUGAGAAGCGCCAAGUGCCGCCGCCGCCGCCGCCACAGAUCCGCCGCAACAAGCAGCACCGCUACAACGGCGGCGGCGGGCUAGGCCUGACGGUGAUCGACAUCUUCUCCCGACCCCUCUGCUACUGCAUCGUUCUCCUCAUCACCUCCUUCUUCCUCGGCUACAUCUCUCACUCCCACUCUGCUCCACACCCUCUCCCAAUCCUUAAUAAUAAUAAUAAUAAUAAUAAUAAUACCAAUAAUAAUAACAACGACAACGACAACGACAACAACGACUCCAGCGCACACAACACCUUCCCCCAACGCUGCGCGGCGGCGGUGCCGCCGGACCGCGUCCGCCAGACGAUCCUGGACAAAGUCUUCGGAGGCGCGUCGCCAUGGGAAGGGUUUCCGCCGCCGCACGCGGCGGCGCUCCUAGUCGAGAACUGGAACAAAGGGUGGGGGUCGCGGGCGGCGGUGUUCGAGCGGCUGAUCGGCGAGGUGCGGCCGAAGACGAUCAUCGAGGUGGGCACAUUCCUGGGGGCGUCGGCGACCCACAUGGCGGCGCUGGCCCCGCCGGAGACGCAGAUCGUGUGCAUCGACGACUUCCGGGGGUGGCCGGGGUACGUGGACGAGGAGAAUAGGAGGAGGGUGGGGAUGGUGAACGGGGACAGCAUGCUGCUCUACCAGUUCAUGAGCAACGUGGCGAGGGCCAACGCGACCGACCGGAUAGUGUUCCUGCCGUUCUCGACGGGGACGGCGCUGGGGGGCCUCUGCGAGUGGGGGGUCUACGGGGACCUGGUGGAGAUCGACGCGGCGCACGACUUCCACUCGGCGUGGGUGGACAUCAACAAUGCCUACAAGGUGCUGAGGAAGCCCGGAGGGGUGAUGUUCGGGCAUGAUUAUGUGUGGCCUGGUGUCAGGACGGCGGUCCAUAUCUUCGCUCGCCUCCAUAACUUCAGGGUUAAGAAAGAUGGGGAGCACUGGGUUCUCUACUGAUAUUGACCCGUCACCGACCCGACCCGACCCGACAAUUAUAUAUAUAUAUCAUUGAAGAAGCGUUAAUUAAUUAAUUUUUAUUGUCAAUGUCACGCAUCGUCGUCUUUAUUUAUGAAUUAUGUGCAAGGUGAUGUUCCUUGUGCUGUUAAAAUUAUUUUUCAUCACCAUCGGAAAAUUUCGUAUUAUCUGCUCAGAAAUGAAGGCUUUGUUUAGAUUGA